AUGAGCGAGGAUUCUUCAGAGUCCACUGAUACACCACUUGCACCCCCAACCAGGCGAGCACCACAAAGGACGGUCAGUGCCAUGAGGCGCCAACGAUUGGCAGAUCAGUCAGGCUUGUCAACAAUGAGCGAAGAAUCUGAUACCCAAGAUACUCCACUGUCUGCGCCAACAAGGAGAGCUCCACCAAGAACAAUGAGUGCUAUGAGACGGCAGCAGUUUGCUGAUCAGUCAGGUUUGUCAACAAUGAGUGAAGACUCAGCAGCUGCAUCAACUCCCCGGGCACCAAUGAGGGCAGCUCCAGUGAGAGCAGCAAGUAUGGGUUUUGCUCCUCAAAGAAAGGCACCGCUUCGUACAGUCAGCAGUCUCAGGAGACAAGCGCUGCAACAACAGUCGGUGGCACCAAUUGGCGAAGACGAAGAGCUGGAUGACGCUCCAAGCAAUCCUGCCCGAUCGGCGCCGCUUCGGGCUGCAAGCAUGAGUGUUGCCUUUGGCAUGCGCUCAUGCAAUGACGCGCCGUCGUUGCCAUCUCGAAGACAAGAGCCCCAGCGUGGGGUGCCUGCACGUACGAUCAGUUCAAAGGUGCUUCGUGUCACUCCAGAACGAUCGACAAGUCUGAGAAGACAGAUCCCAGGAAGAAGCACGAACUCGGAGGUUACGGAACCGGAAGGUGAAGUAACUGUCUUGGAGAGAGCUGGGCCUGACCGUUCAGCUCCUCUUCGGGCUGCCAGUAUGAACCUCGCAGCAAUGGGUCGGCGCCCUCCUGCUCGAAGCGUGAGUGGCAUGAGAAGGCAGAUGCCUGGAAGGGAUGGAGACGCUGCGAACCUAAAUGGUGGAACAGCUGGUGCGCUUGGCGUUGGCGGAGAGAGUCGUUCGACGCCCCUUCGAGCGGCCAGCAUGAAUCUCGCUGCAAUGGGAAGAAGGGCCCCUCCAGCUCGCACUGUCAGUGGAAUGAGGCGACAUUUUGCCCCUGGUGAACCGCAACGAGGCGUUCCUGCUCGCACGAUCAGCUCGAAGGUGCUCAGAGUCACCCCCGAGCGCACAGUUAGUGGACUACGCAGGCAGGUCCCGGGACGGCCCACAGCACAGCCUGAACUGGAGGAUCCUGGAAGCGUUACAGUUUUGGAAAGAAGCGACGACCGAACUCAAAGGUUGGCACCAAUUCGUGCUGCAAGCAUGAAUUUGUCUCAGAUGAGACGGAUUGCAUCCACAGUGAACAGGCAUGAAGAAGAAAGCAGCGCCAUUCAACGGAGAGAACCCCAGAGAGGUGUUCCUGACCGUACAAUCAGCUCGAAGGCACUUCGGGUCACCCCUGAGCGAUCUAUUAGUCUGCGAAGACAGGCACCGGGUCGAGGUACACCGGGUUUUGCAGAUACUCAAGGCAUGGUGACGCUAUUGCAAAGGAACCUCCCUGGACAGGAGGAAGGUCUGCAACCGGGUAUGCCAGGCAGGUCCAUUCCGCUCAGAGCAAGGAGUAUGAACAUGGCAUCUUUGCGAGUUCAGAGACAGGCGAGCAACCGGGGUCUUGGGCAGAUGGCUGCGAUGGCCUCUGGUGGACAGAGGGAGGGCAAUGGUGGUGGCGAAGUGAGACGCCAGCCGCCUCAACGAACUUCUUCCAAGGCUCUGCGAGUGACCCCCGAGCGCACCGCUAGUCUGCGCCGUCGACCACCCGGAAGAAGCACAGACACGAACGAGGCAAGUGGGGAAAUAACGCUACUCGAGCGAACUGAACCUCCGCCGGUAGCAAAACCGGUGGCAGCCAUGAGCCAUGCUAGACCAAAUAGAACUGCGAGCAUGACUCUCAAAAAUUACAGGCGAAGACGGUCGCUCGAGGCUGACGGUCUAAACAGCCUGAUGCCUCAGCAGCAGUUAAACAGCGGUCUUGAAACAAGCAGUGCUGCAAUUGCCAGUCAGCCAUCAUCGACUCCAGAGCGUCGGCUUCCAGGGAGAACUACAAGUGGCAUGGUUGCGCGGGGUGGACCUAUGCAGAGGCAGACCCCGUCUCGUGCUCAAAGUGUCAGUGCAGUAGCACCACCGAGGCGUCAGCUGCCCGAGCGCACCAGCAGCAGUCGAAUGCGAAUGGCCCCUACGAGCGCUGACAAUGGGAUGGGCUCUCGUCAGCUCCCGCAACGCACCAGCAGUAGCCGGAUGAGGAUGUCACCUACCAGGGCCCCGAGCAACAGUGGUCUCUCUGGUAUGCGGCAACUACCACAACGCACCAGCAGCAGUCGCCAACAUGGUGUGCCCGCGAGGCAGUCUGAGCCUGAAACGAAUAAUGUUCCUCGAAGGGAAACAAGUGAACGGUCUACUACUGUGGAAUCGAUGCGACCUGUUCCAAAGUCGAGCAUGCCACUAGUUGCGCCUACAAGACGCGGUAGUGCGGUUACAGAGUCAAGCGACACUGAUCCAGGAAGAAUGGGAGUUCAGAGCGUACGGGCACCAAAGUCGGGCAUGCCUGCACCCCCUACGAGACGUGGCAGUGUCGCUACCGAGUCCAGUGAGGUCGACACCAGCAGCGCCCGAGAUUCCUCGAUUGGUGGCACUCGCGUUUCUAAAUCAAGCACGCAGUUGGUCCCACCAACAAGGCACGGAAGCGUUUCAAGCGAGGCCAGUAACACGCGUCUUUCAAAGCCGGUUAUGCAGAUGAAUGCACCAACGAGGCGUCGGAGCGUGGAUUCCGAAUCCAGUGGCUCUGACCACGGAGACAAAACACCGGUAUCACCAGCCGCGAAGGCGGAGCAGCAUCUGGACUCGCGGCUUUCACCCGUCGCAAGAGCUCAGCAGUAUUUGGACUCGAGGAUCACUCCCGCUGCUAGGGCCCAACAGUAUCUCGAAGGAAGCGAGACAGUAUCUGAUCCGAGGAACAAGCUUAGCAACCGAGCCACCGAAGAACGCCGGACGCGAAGGGGACUCGAUACGGUCGAUUCAAAUUCUACGUCGAGCUUGCAGAUGGAGACAUUGAAAUUGGAUGCACCGCUGGAUGACGUCAUGGAGGACAGCAGAGAGUUGAUUAAGAGUUCGCACUACAUUUCGGCUGCCAGCUAUCACCAUAUAUUAUCACAAGACAAAAGUGGUUCGGGCGACGAGAGUUCCACAUCAGCCGAUGGAAUUGACGAUUCCGAAAAUGACGACAGUUCGGAGGGCGACGUUGAUUCAGAGGAGAGAGCGGGCAGGAGCCAUGGAAGCGAAAGCGACCUUCCUUCUCUUAUUAAUUCCGAUAGCGACGACGAGCCUGUUGCCUCGAUCUCUCAAGAUAGACCCAUUCCGAAAUCUUCCGGCGGGACUUCUGAAGGUGAUGGUUUGCUGGGCGCCUCGAAGCAAAAAGAACCGAAGAACGAGACUGUGAUGCGUCAAGAGAAUAUAUCAUCUAAAAGCGCAAAGGACCGGGAGCAAGCCCAGACAACCAUGGCUCCAUCGAGAUCACCGGAACGCCGAAUGAGAAACUUCGGACCUCCUAGACGUCAUGCAAGUAGUUCGAGCAGCGAUGGAGGCAGCAAUAAUGAAGCACCCUCUAGAGCACAGAGCGCCAGUAAUGAGAAGAAAAUUGACAGCAAACAAGGCCCAACGGUUUUGAGUAAGCCCAAAUCUACGAAUGCCGGACCUCCUAGACGACGGUACAGUUCCAGCAGUGAGGAAGAAGAGGCCGAAACUAAGCCACAACUCCCGUCACGCGAUGAGCCCAAACAUUCCGAUUCCAGUUCUCCCAAACGGCUCAACAGGUCCGGCAGUCACGAAGAGAAGGCUGCUGUCCAAACGGAACCUGCUGUGUCUGGAUCAAGAACCUCCGAUGCACAUGUGCCUAAACUGUCAAAUGCUGGCCCUCCAAAGCGGCGUUACAGCUCCAGUAGUGAGAAUGAAGAUGUUGAAACGGUGAAAAAUGAUGACAAACCAAAAUCUGAUGUCGUCUCCCCAGCAGUUGCAAACGCCGGUCCUCCUCGAAGGCGCUACAGUAGUUCCAACAGCGAGGAAGAAGAUGUCGAACCAUUGGAAAUCGACGACCGUCCAAAAUCCGCACCACCACCUGUGGUUGCAAAUGCUGGACCACCGCAACGACGAUACAGUAGUUCCAGCAGCGAGGAAGAGCAUGUUGAAAACGAGUCGAACCCCCAGCUGCCUGAUGCGCCCGAGCCAAAAUCUACAAAUGCCGGACCUCCCAGGCGACGAUACAGUUCCAGCAGCAGCGAGGAAGAAAAGACCACACACGAUUCAAAACUCCACUCACCUGAUGAAUGCGAGCCCAAGGAUACCUCCAGGACUGAGAAAGAUGACCAAACACUGCAAUCACCUGAUGCAAUCAAGCACACGCAUACCAAUGCCGGUCCUCCCAGACGGCGAUACAGUUCCAGCAGCGAUGAAGGGGAAGAUGCCGAACCAAUGGAAAUUGCAAAACUGCAAUCACCGGAUGCGACUGAGCCCAUUCAAACAAUUGUGGGCCCUGCAAAACCACCUGACAGCCCAAGCACCGAGAACGAAGAAGCAGAACCAAUUGAAGAUGAUGCCCAACCACAGUCCAAUGCAAACCCACCCAAGUUUUCAAAUGCUGGGCCUCCAAAACGCCGAUACAGUUCCAGCAGUGAAGAAGGGGAGGAUACUGAACCAAUGGAAAAUGCAACACUGCAAUCGUCGGAUGCAAAUAAGUCCAAGCUUACAAAUGUGGGUCCUCCCAAACGGCGAUACAGUUCCAGCAGUGAAGAAGUGGAGGAUACUGAACCAAUGGAAAAUGCAACACUGCAAUUGUCAGAUGCAAAUAAGUCCAAGCUUACAAAUGUUGGUCCUCCCAAACGGCGAUACAGUUCCAGCAGUGCAGAAGGGGAGGAUGCUGAACCAAUGGAAAAUGCAAAACUGCAAUCAUCAGAUGCAAAUAAGUCCAAGCUUACAAAUGUGGGUCCACCCAAACGGCGAUACAGUUCCAGCAGUGAGGAACAACAGGAUAGUAUACCUUCGAAGGCUGAAGAGGUUUCACAAUUGGAUGCAGAGAAGCCAGAUGUCUCAAGUGCUGUGCCCGAGGUUGCCGCUUUCGUGGAAACUGGAGAGUUUUCGCAACCAAUAGAUGUGAACGAGCGCAAGGCCAGUAAUGCCGGUCCACCGAGUCGAAGGUACAGUUCCAGCAGCGCCGAGGAAGAGCAGAAGGCCACCAGCGCUGGAGAGGUGUCAAAUCCACCAGCUGGGUCCACUGUUGUGUCUCCAAAGCAAAUGCGGAGCAGCGCCGAGGAUGGCAUUGUGGCCCACACCGACAGCAAGAUGGAAAAGGUACUCUAUGAUGCGGCGGCGACGAUGAAUUUCGGCAUCCCGGUUGUCGAAUACGUUGACGACGAAGAUGAAGACGCCUCUGGCUAUGGAGAAGUGGUUGAGAUUGUGGAAAAAGUGGUGCCAGGACCCAAGUUGCACUAUUCGGCUGUGACUGCCUCUGAAGUUGGCAUUGGAGCGCCUCGGUCGCCAUCACCUGAUAAAGAAGAUCCCAAGGUCACGAAUGCUGGGCCUCCCCAACGACGACGCUACAGUUCAAGUAGCGACGAAGAAGCUGCCCCUAUGGAAGCGAAGGAUGCUAUUCAUUCCCAUGUAACAAAGUUUACUGUUAAGAAUGUGGGCCCGCCUAAGUGGCCGGGGGCUCAGCACAACAACCAAGGAGAGGCCGAAGGUACGGUCGAGAGGCCAAAAGUUGACCAGAAGAAAGACAAUGAAGUCAAGACCUCUGCAGGACGAGACACGCAUCAGACUGGGGACCAGAAGGAAAAGCAGCAUGCAGAAAUCAAGGUGCCUGAAGUGUCAGCAACAGGUCGAAUUGACAACGCACCUAUUAACGAAAACGACAAAGGGGCAAUCGCAUCUGAGUUUCAGGGCGGUACACCGUCCGCCAAAUCGCCGACACCCCCCUCUAUGCGACCGACAAGCACAGAAAUUGUCCCCUAUUCAGCUCAACCUGUCCCCUCCUUUCCGCAGAAGGUAAUUGUGGGGAACGCCGCGCCGCCAAGACGCCGUGCUAGCUGUUCAUCUCAGGGUGAUGAUGUGGAAGACGUGAAACCGAACGAUGGCUGGAGCAAGAAAGGAUACUCCAGUGAAGUCGCCAAGGAGCCUCCUCGAGUGGUUCCUGCAAAUCCAGCAACUGGCAUUCUGAAGAAACCCAAUGCAUCUACUGGUUUAACUACCGGGGCCACGGUGGCAACAGUGGCAAGCCCGCAGGGCAUUUUGAAGAAACCCAAGCCAGUGACAACUGUUAGCACAACCCCUGAAACACCUCCAGGCAUUCUGAAGAAGAAAGCUGGCGAUCUGAAGCUUCGUCUACCCCGAAGACGAGAAAGUGUUGAAACAGUCAGCAGCACUGCUGCUGCUGCCACGCGUCCAGGAGAAAGAGCUGGCUCGACUUCAAUAAAGACGAUUCUUGAGGAAUCCCAAAAAGGCACCCCGGAGAGCGUGGUCGGCAGAAAUGCUCGCCCGCCCACGCGAAGGGAAAGUGUACCGAUUGAAGAAGAGGACAGCCACUCUGCUUCAGAAAGUGACGACGAGUCGGAUAUGCCGCCUCUCGACGAUCUGAUGUCCAUUAGAGACGACGAAUCAAUGCCCCCUCUUGACGAUCUGGUUUCUGUUAAGGACGACGAGUCCAUGCCGCCUCUGGAUGAUCUCGCGUCGGUAAAGGAUGACGAAUCUAUGCCUCCUUUAGAUGAUCUCAUGUCGGUCAAGGACGACGAGUCCAUGCCUCCCCUUGAUGACCUUGCGUCAGUAAGGGAUGACGAAUCAAUGCCCCCGCUUGACGACGCAACAUCAGUCCGCGAUGAUGAAUCCUAUUUCACCAGAGACGAUGGCCUUUCUGUGAAGGAGGACGACGACUCGAUGCCCGCUCUAGACGACGCAAUGUCAAUGAUGGACGAUGGAACUUCUGUCGUUGAUGAUGGUGAUUCCAUGCCUCCGAUAUCCGACGUGGCUUCGGCGUCUGUCCGGGACGACGAGUCCAUGCUGCCAGCUUUUGACGAAAAAGACGACGACAGGUCCAAAUCUGUUUCUGCUCAUGACGACCAGGAUACAACAACCAAGGAAGAACCACGUGGAAAAGGUAGUGCGCAUGGAAUCCCGCCCAUCAUCAACACUGGGAUUUCGAAGAAGAAGAGGAGCGGGAACGUUGGCGUCUCCUUCGAGGGCGAUUCCUCCUCGAGCAAAGUCCCCCCUGUGAUCGAUACCACUGUGUCUCUCGACCGAGUUUUCAAGCCCAACAUUGUGGUAGUGGAUGCGUCCGGCGAGCCCCAAAGUCGAUCUACAAAGAGCAGCAACUACACAGAACUCACUGUGUUCAACCCGUACAUGGCAUCGCAACAAGACAGUAUACAACAAUCCUCGGCCAGUUCCCAAAGUGCACAAAGCCAAACAGAAGAAGCAAAUGUUCCCAACAGCGACGAAUCAGGCAAUGACAACAUUCCAGAAGUGGAACAGGCGUUGGGAAAUGACGACUUGCUUGCAAAUGAAAGCACAAGCAACCCGGUGACGGUUUUCAAUAGGUGGAGCUGA